AUGUGUUGCAACUACGGCAACUCCUGUGGCUAUGGCUGUGGCUAUGGCUACGGCUGUGGCUAUGGGCCCUAUUAUGGCUGUAGUUAUGGACCUGGCUAUGGCUGUGGAUAUGGCUGUGGAUACGGCUCCUGUUGUGGCUAUGGCACCAGAUAUGGCUGUGGAUGUGGUCCCCAUUAUGGCUGUGGUUAUGGCCUCCGUUAUGGCUGUGGCUAUGGCUCAGGAUACGGCUGUGGAUAUGGUUCCUGCUGUGGCUCUGGCUGUGGAUAUGGCUCCAACUUCUGUGGCUACCGGCCACUUUACUAUAGAAGAUGUUAUUCUUCUUGCUGCUAG